AUGGCGAAGACUUACGAUUACUUGUUUAAACUACUUUUAAUCGGCGAUUCGGGCGUCGGUAAGACUUGCGUGCUGUUCAGAUUUUCAGAGGAUGCCUUCAAUUCAACGUUUAUCUCCACAAUAGGUGAGCAAAAGCCGUAUUAUCGGGUUAGUCUUGGCCGAAAAGCGGGUUCAGGAGCAGCCCAUCCCGUCAUGCUAAUUUGGUGCUAACUUUUUAUCUAAUAGAGGCUAGUCAGGAAGCAGCUCAGCCGGCUUGAUAGAGAGGUUUAACAGCAGCGACAAUGCUUUUUAAACACCAAGAAACCCUUUUUCAUAUGAGCUGCAAGUGUGGGUGACCUAAAAACCUCUGACUGUACACAUAUAACCAUUGAAAGAUGAGCUAACACGUUACAAGCUGUCAGUGAGCUCAGCUGGCAGUGUCAUUUUUCUCAUGAUCAGCUGUUUGGACUUUGCGCUUUCGGUGCCAACAUUACAGAAAGAAUGAAUGAGCUCCUAUAUUAUUCUUAAUGUCUAAAAUCAAACACCUCUACUGUCUUUGAGGAGCUGAAGUAACAGGUGUGCUUCAGGUGUGUGACUUCUACCACUGCUUUUUCUUCAGGUAUUGACUUCAAGAUCAGGACAAUAGAGUUAGAUGGAAAGAAGAUCAAACUACAGAUAUGGUAAGAGGGUUUCAAGUGAAAAUUGGUGAUAUAUACACUCACAUGCCAGUCUAUGGGUUGGGUGUAAAGUAUAUAACAGUGUAAUGCAAUGACAAUUGAGGUAAAUCCCUGAAUAGCUGAGCUGAAUACAUGCACAGAAACUCCUACAAAGCACCAUCAUUGUCUCUUUGACCUCUGACAAUCUAUUACGGUAUAAAACACAUAUAAUGAAGAUAUAUGUGUAAGUAUUUUUGGAAAGCUGCAGAUGAUAGAAUAGAAAAGACCAACAUCUACUUUCAUGUGUACAUGUAAAUGUUCUUUAUUUAUACAGGCCUUUACAACAACCCUUUGGGUGAACCAAAGUGAUUUACAAUAGAAAAUAAAAAUGAAUAAAUAAAAACAUGAAAAAGCAAUAAUAAAAAAGAAUAAAAUACAAUGCAAUUAAAUAAAGUGUCACCACGCUACUGGGUAUUAAAAGCCAGCAUAAAUAAAUAUGUUUUCAAUCGAGAUUUAAAGAAGGCCCAGGUCGGAAGUAAGUCUAAUUUCAGUGGGGAGCUUAUUCCAGAGCCUGGGACCAGCGACUGAAAAGGCCCGGUCACCCCAGUACUUGUGUUUUGACCCGGGCACCUCCAGCAGAAGUUGAUUUGACAACCUCAGAGCUCUACCCGGCUCCUGGACUGUUAAAAGCUCAGUUAAAUAGAUAGUGGCAAUGCCGUUAAGAGCUUUAAAAACAAACAUUAAAAGUUUAAAAUCGGGAAGCCAAUGAAGGGAGCUAAGGACAGGAGUGAUGUGCUCAUGUCUGUUAGUAGCAGCAUUUUGGACAAGUUGAAGGCGACUAAGAGGUGAUUGGGAGAUGCCAACAUAAAGUGCAUUACAGCAGUCUAAUCUUGAACUGAUUAGAGCAUGGAUGGCUAUCUCAAGUUCGUGACGGCUUAAAAACAUUUUGACCUUGGCCAGGAGAUGUAGUUAGAAGAAACUAGUCCUGACAACAUUGUCAAUUUGUCAAUUUUAUAAAAGACAUUGCUUGUAAUGUAGUCUUGUGUAAAUAUUGUCACCUUAAUGUCGCACUCAGGAGUAUUUUCAUGGUUGUUCUUUAGGGAUACAGCAGGUCAAGAGAGGUUCAGGACCAUCACAACAGCCUAUUACAGAGGAGCCAUGGUGAGUUUCAUCGUGCACAUUGAAUCUUAUGCAACAGAUAAGAACAUGUCUGGGACUAGAAUAGGAGAGUUGGUCAUCUCAGGUGUGCACAAUGCAGCACAACUCUUAAGCAGAGCCACACCCAGCAUUAUUGUUGUAGCUAAUUUUACACAUACUUGUGCAGCACUGUUGUCAUUUUGUGAGCCUCUCCUUCAGUUCAAGUUAAACUGGAUGUACAUUUUCAUCUAAGUGAUCCUCUGCUGUUCAAAUAAAUUGACAUUUGGUUGCAGAUUCAUACCAUCCAGUGGAUACUUGAUUUGUAAAGCUGUCCCUGUGAAGUAAUGAAUUUGGGGAAUGAGUGAUUACAUUUUUCACAUGUCUUUUCCUCUUAACCCUCCAGGGUAUCAUGUUAGUGUAUGACAUUACCAAUGAGAAGUCCUUUGACAACAUCAAGAACUGGAUACGGAAUAUAGAAGAGGUAAAGUACAUCACACCUGUUUGUGGCUGUUAUAUCUGCCUGCUGUUCACCUAAAUUGUUUAUUUCCUAUGUAGAACUAAUAAGUAUCCAGAACUCUACACAGUUAAUUGCUGAUUAAUUUCCAGUUUGUUCACAAUGACACUCAUCUUUCCACAGCAUGCCUCAGCAGAUGUAGAAAGGAUGGUCCUCGGGAACAAAUGUGAUGUCAAUGACAAGCGACAGGUGUCCAAAGAAAGAGGAGAGAAGGUAAUACAUCAGCCAGUGAAACCCUGAUUUAAAAAUAACAUCUUAAUCUAACUCUGACUGGUUAUAUAUUGAUUAUUUUGGAUUGUCAUGCCUGAGUUCUGACACUAAUUACUUCUCUUUUCUCCUACUACCAGCUGGCAUUGGAGUACGGUAUCAAAUUCAUGGAGACCAGUGCAAAAGCCAACAUAAACGUUGAGAAUGUGAGUACUUUCUUUCUCUGGUAAUUUAAUGUUCACCCAUAAAUAAAAGUAUCGUUGCUAAAGAAGCCAACCUAUCUGCGCCUGGAAAUAACUCUAGUCCCAUUGCUUAAAGGGACAGUUUUUCAUUUCAGUAAAUGGGCAUAUUUAAUUUCUUGCCAAUUGACACCACUGCUGUACUUGUCAGUUGUUAAGAAUACUUUAGGAGGCGGCCUCUUGGAUUAGCCAAGAUUACAGACUGAAAGCAUGAGAAAAUAACUCUCUGUGCUCCGUCUAAAGGAAAAAGAACUGCCUGCAAGCACUUUCGAAAGCUUAGCAUUUCUCAAAUUUGUCAUUGUUUUUGUAGUCUGCGAUGUGUAAAUCAAAAUAUGAAUAUAUACAAAUAGAACAAACGAAGAUAAUAGAUACAUAUGUAUGUGUAUCAAAUAAAACUGCAUGUAUUGUAACAAAGGAUUAUGUUUGUGACUUACCUGGUCAUGCUUUUAUCAUUUUCAAGUUAUUUUUAUUUCCGUUUAUUUGUUUACGAACUGCAAGCAUGUUUAAUUAAAUGUUAUGAAUACUAGUAUGUUUGUGCUUUCAUAUCACAGUUAUUAAAGAAUUAGAGUCAGUCAUUUGUAUCCAUGGUUACUGAUCAUAUUUAUUAAACCUUCAAUAAAACCAGUAAUGCCUGUGUUCCUGUUGCUGUCUGCAGGCCUUCUUAACCCUUGCCAGAGACAUCAAAGCAAAAAUGGACAAGAAGCUGGUAAGACCGCUCAAGAGAGCAAACUGUGUAUUAAUCAUAAAGCUGCGAUAGAUUUGCUGUUUGUCAUGUUCUGGCAUUGUCGCUGCUCACAUAUCUGGAUUUUUCUCUCACGUCUGUGUGUAAUGUAGGAGGGCAACAACCCACAGGGCAGUAAUCAAGGAGUCAAGAUUACAGAGCAGCCCAAGAAGAGCAGUUUCUUCCGCUGCACGCUCCUGUGA